AUGAGCUUGCCAAACGGCAUGAUAGGGAAAGUCAGAGUGGUCAACACCUUCAUCGACGUCGAAGAAACGGACGACGAGCAGUCAGAGUUGCCCGUGGCGGGGAUGAAGACAGAACCAGCACCGACUUUAUGGGGAGGACUGAACAGCCCACAAUCGCGUGCGAUGUAUCCAAACAGCACAGAACAGGAGCCGGAGGUAGCCGAGGCGAGCAGGAGGGUACCAUGCCUAUUGGGUAAUGAGCCUCUUUGUGCGGAAUUCGGCGUGAAAGUGACUAUUAAGAACACUUUCAUCGAUGUAAGCUCCGACGAUGACGACGAGACCGCCAACCCAAUGAUGGAGAAGAUCAAGAGCGAGCCAGCCCUUCGCCACGUUAGUGUUUAG